CAGAAGCCUACGAGAACGAUGAAUCGUCGUCUACUGUCGGUCACGUCCAACGAUCCACCUUCAAACACUCCUAUAUUAUAGGCCACCUCGUCACUCUCUCUAUCUCUCUCUCCCCUUGGGCCUUGACCUUUACAAAUUACAAUCCUCGAAACCCCAUUGACAAGCCAAGAAGACAGACAACCCACUGAAAAAACGAACAGAGAGAGAGAGUGGGUGAGUGAAAGAAUUGUUGGGUUGGAAAGAAAUGGCGAGCUACGAGUACAAGAUGUUUGGGUUCAGCAGGAAGUUCAAGACGGGCGAGGUGGGUCCGCCGGCCGACGUGAAGGAAGCGUUCUCGAGGUUCGCCGGUGGUGGGGAUCACAUGUCGGUUGAUCAGCUCCUUCGGUUCCUGGUGGAGCACCAGGCAGAGGUGGGCUGCACCGCGUCCGAUGCGGGCCGGUUCGUAGAGCGGGUUCUGCAUGAGCGUCACGACGCGAAGGAAGGCCUCUCCCUCGCUAAUUUCUUCCAUUUCCUGUUUCUCGAUGAUCUCAACGGUCCCAUCAAAUCUGAGGUACACCAUGAUAUGACUGCUCCAUUGUCACACUAUUUCAUAUAUACAGGGCACAAUUCCUACCUGACUGGGAAUCAACUCAGCAGUGAUUGUAGCGAUGCUCCAAUCAUAAAGGCACUGCAGAGAGGUGUGAGAGUAAUUGAACUUGAUAUAUGGCCAAAUUCUACAAAAGAUGAUGUUCUUGUCCUUCAUGGAAGGACCCUGACCACUCCAGUGAAGCUCGUCAAAUGUUUGAAGUCCAUUAAAGAGUAUGCUUUUGUCAAAUCUCCCUACCCUGUCAUCAUAACUUUAGAAGACCACCUUACCCCUGACCUUCAGGCCAAAGUUGCGGAGAUGGUCACUCAAACAUUUGGAGAAAUGCUGUAUUAUCCCCAGGGAGAAUACUUAGCUGAAUUCCCUGCACCAGAGUCAUUGAAACAUCGAAUUGUCAUUUCUACUAAACCACCAAAAGAGUACCUUGAGGACUCUAAGCAAGUCAAAGAUAAGGGCAGUGUUUCGAAUAGUGGAAGGGAAUCAUUUGAAGAAGAUGCAUCAGGAAAGGAGACAUCAGACCCUACGGAUGAGCCAGAAGUGGAGGAGAUAAGCGACAGUGAUGAAGAUGAUGAAGAUGAUGAAGACAUUAAUGUGUGUGAUCCCAAAUCAAGCAAGCGAGGGGCACCAGAAUACAAACGCUUGAUCACAAUCCAUGCUGGGAAACCAAAGGGUGGUCUAAGGGAUGCAUUUAAAAUUGUAGCUAACAAAGUUAGACGCCUUAGUUUGAGUGAACAGACACUUGAGAAGGCCGCCUCAAAUCAUGGAACUGAUGUUGUAAGAUUCACACAAAAAAAUGUGCUGAGAAUAUACCCUAAAGGGACACGUGUCACCUCCUCUAAUUACAAGCCACAUAUUGGGUGGAUGCAUGGGGCUCAGAUGGUUGCAUUUAAUAUGCAGGGAUAUGGCAAAUUACUUUGGUUGAUGCAAGGGAUGUUUAGAGCCAAUGGAGAGUGUGGAUAUGUGAAGAAACCUGAUUUUCUGAUGCAGAAGGGUCCAUCCAAUGAAGUAUUUGAUCCUAAAAGAACCUUGAUAGUGAAGAAGACAUUAAAGGUGAAUAUAUAUAUGGGAAAUGGAUGGCACUUGGAUUUUAGCCGAACCCACUUCGACUCAUACUCACCACCAGACUUCUAUACAAAGCUCCGCAUUGUUGGGGUGCCAGCUGAUGCUGCCAAGAAGAAAACGAAGGUUAUUGAGGAUGAUUGGGCUCCUUUUUGGGAUGAGGAAUUCAAAUUCCCUUUGACAGUUCCCGAGCUUGCUCUGCUUCAGAUUCAGGUCCGAGAGUAUGAUAGGUCUGAGAAGGAUGACUUCGGUGGGCAGACAUGUUUGCCUGUCUCGGAGCUAAGACCUGGGAUUCGUGCCGUCCCACUCUAUGGCGAAAAGAGCCAGAAACUACAUGUAAAGCUUCUAAUGCGGUUUCAGUUUGUGUAGGCUUUAGGAUAAUAUGUUCCUGCCACUCUGUCCAUAUUGCAUCUUUUACAAUGUUUUGUGCUACAGCGGGUGCAUACAGAUGAACCAGUUGUAAUUAGCUAAAAGAUAAUGGUUCCGUUUGUUAACGCUUUUUCAA